AGGAAUAUAUUCCAAGAAGGAGAGAAGAGGGUAUGGUAUAAAGACAGGAAUAUAUUCCUAGAAGGAGAGAAGAGGGUAUGGUAUAAAGAUGGGAAUAUAUUCCAAGAAGGAGAAAAGAGUGUAUGGUAUAAAGACGGGAAUAUAUUCCAAGAAGGAGAGAAGAGGGUAUGGUAUAAAGACAGGAAUAUAUUCCAAGAAGGAGAGAAGAGGGUAUGGUAUAAAGACAGGAAUAUAUUCCAAGAAGGAGAGAAGAGGGUAUGGUAUAAAGACAGGAAUAUAUUCCAAGAAGGAGAGAAGAGGGUAUGGUAUAAAGACAGGAAUAUAUUCCAAGAAGGAGAGAAGAGGGUAUGGUAUAAAGACAGGAAUAUAUUCCAAGAAGGAGAGAAGAGGGUAUGGUAUAAAGACAGGAAUAUAUUCCAAGAAGGAGAGAAGAGGGUAUGGUAUAAAGACAGGAAUAUAUUCCAAGAAGGAGAGAAGAGGGUAUGGUAUAAAGACAGGAAUAUAUUCCAAGAAGGAGAGAAGAGGGUAUGGUAUAAAGACAGGAAUAUAUUCCAAGAAGGAGAGAAGAGGGUAUGGUAUAAAGACAGGAAUAUAUUCCAAGAAGGAGAGAAGAGGGUAUGGUAUAAAGACAGGAAUAUAUUCCAAGAAGGAGAGAAGAGGGUAUGGUAUAAAGACAGGAAUAUAUUCCAAGAAGGAGAGAAGAGGGUAUGGUAUAAAGACAGGAAUAUAUUCCAAGAAGGAGAGAAGAGGGUAUGGUAUAAAGACAGGAAUAUAUUCCAAGAAGGAGAGAAGAGGGUAUGGUAUAAAGACAGGAAUAUAUUCCAAGAAGGAGAGAAGAGGGUAUGGUAUAAAGACAGGAAUAUAUUCCAAGAAGGAGAGAAGAGGGUAUGGUAUAAAGACAGGAAUAUAUUCCAAGAAGGAGAGAAGAGGGUAUGGUAUAAAGACAGGAAUAUAUUCCAAGAAGGAGAGAAGAGGGUAUGGUAUAAAGACAGGAAUAUAUUCCAAGAAGGAGAGAAGAGGGUAUGGUAUAAAGACAGGAAUAUAUUCCAAGAAGGAGAGAAGAGGGUAUGGUAUAAAGACAGGAAUAUAUUCCAAGAAGGAGAGAAGAGGGUAUGGUAUAAAGACAGGAAUAUAUUCCAAGAAGGAGAGAAGAGGGUAUGGUAUAAAGACAGGAAUAUAUUCCAAGAAGGAGAGAAGAGGGUAUGGUAUAAAGACAGGAAUAUAUUCCAAGAAGGAGAGAAGAGGGUAUGGUGUAAAGACAGGAAUAUAUUCCAAGAAGGAGAGAAGAGGGUAUGGUAUAAAGACAGGAAUAUAUUCCAAGAAGGAGAGAAGAGGGUAUGGUAUAAAGACAGGAAUAUAUUCCAAGAAGGAGAGAAGAGGGUAUGGUAUAAAGACAGGAAUAUAUUCCAAGAAGGAGAGAAGAGGGUAUGGUAUAAAGACAGGAAUAUAUUCCAAGAAGGAAAAAAGAAUUUAUGGUGUAAAGACAGGAAUAUAUUCCAAGAAGGAGAGAAGAGGGUAUGGUAUAAAGACAGGAAUAUAUUCCAAGAAGGAGAGAAGAGGGUAUGGUAUAAAGACAGGAAUAUAUUCCAAGAAGGAGAGAAGAGGGUAUGGUAUAAAGACAGGAAUAUAUUCCAAGAAGGAGAGAAGAGGGUAUGGUAUAAAGACAGGAAUAUAUUCCAAGAAGGAGAGAAGAGGGUAUGGUAUAAAGACAGGAAUAUAUUCCAAGAAGGAGAGAAGAGGGUAUGGUAUAAAGACAGGAAUAUAUUCCAAGAAGGAGAGAAGAGGGUAUGGUAUAAAAAAAAGGAAUAUAUUCCAAGAAGGAGAGAAGAGGGUAUGGUAUAAAGACAGGAAUAUAUUCCAAGAAGGAGAGAAGAGGGUAUGGUAUAAAGACAGGAAUAUAUUCCAAGAAGGAGAGAAGAGGGUAUGGUAUAAAGACAGGAAUAUAUUCCAAGAAGGAGAGAAGAGGGUAUGGUAUAAAGACAGGAAUAUAUUCCAAGAAGGAGAGAAGAGGGUAUGGUAUAAAGACAGGAAUAUAUUCCAAGAAGGAGAGAAGAGGGUAUGGUAUAAAGACAGGAAUAUAUUCCAAGAAGGAGAGAAGAGGGUAUGGUAUAAAGACAGGAAUAUAUUCCAAGAAGGAGAGAAGAGGGUAUGGUAUAAAAGACAGGAAUAUAUUCCAAGAAGGAGAGAAGAGGGUAUGGUAUAAAGACAGGAAUAUAUUCCAAGAAGGAGAGAAGAGGGUAUGGUAUAAAGACAGGAAUAUAUUCCAAGAAGGAGAGAAGAGGGUAUGGUAUAAAGACAGG